AUGUCGUGCUCAAACGGCAUCUGGCCUACUGUAUCUAAUUUGUGCGGAUCAUUAUCCUUCUUCACCUCUGUUAUUUCAUUGUUUCCACAAAUAAUUGAGACUUAUCGAGAUAAAUCUGUCGAUGGGCUAUCGCCAUAUUUUUUGCUGGCUUGGUUAUGUGGGGAUAUUACCUCGCUGAUAGGGGCAAAGCUAACAGGGCAAUUGUUAUUUCAGAUACUUUUAGCAAUUUAUUUUCUAUUGAAUGAUUCUUUUGUAUGUGGUCAAUAUUAUUACUAUGGCGUGCUGCAUGAAAAUAAAUUGGCGACUGUCGGCCAUGAGCCUAAACCUCUUCUUCCCGAACUGGUUGAAAAUGGUGAGCUUUUGAGGGAGGAAGAGGACAUGAUACAAGGUGGUAGCAGUGCAGAAAGCCCUAGAAGCAGUAGAAGAAGGUCUGCCAUUACAGCAGCCUUGGCUAUAGCUCAUACUAUAAGUACAGCUAGCGCAUAUCCGCUAAAUGUAGGCUCCACCCAAUCACAAGUGGGGCCUCCCGGAGAUGGUAAAAACAGCCAGCUGGGUACAAUUUUAUCUUGGAUUGGCGCUUCCUUCUACGUAGGCGCACGUAUCCCACAACUAAUCAAGAAUUACAAUAGAAAGUCUACAGACGGCUUAUCUCCCUUCCUAUUUGCUACUACACUACUCUGCAAUAUCACGUAUAAUUUGAGCAUCUUCACAAGCUGUAGAUUUUUAGAUAAUCAGAACAAGAGGGAAUUCAUCGUGAAUGAGUUGCCCUUUAUAUUUGGAAGUGCUGGAACAAUUGCGUUUGAUUUGAUAUACUUCUACCAAUACUAUAUCCUUUAUGCAACUGAUAUGCAACUACGUGAACUGGAAAGAGAACUAUACAGUCCUGAAGAAGACAGUGCAGCGCAACUAGUGACAGAACGUACAUCACUGUUGUCUGGUGAAACGCAAACAUAG